AUGAACUACAUGGACUCGGUGGACGCCUUCUACACCGGCUCCCACGACUAUGAGGAGGACUGGGACGAUGGCUGGUCAUCCUGGUGGGAUGACUACACGAACUACUACCAAGCGGCGGAAGGCGACUGGUGGGAUGAAUCCUGGGAUGGCAUGGAAGCGCAAGCGACUGUGCCUUCUGAGGACAAGGAGGAAGAUGACUCUCAGCUACGAGAAGCUCAACAGGCCGAGCAGUUGGCUGAAUCCCUGGCAAUGGAAGCGCAGAGAACAUGGGCGGAGGCCAAGAGUGCCACUCAGGCGCUCCGGAAGGAUCGUGGCUUUGGCGCUGUGAAGGGAGGCAGCAAUCGAUGCUUCAUAUGUGGUGGCCCUCACUUUGCACGUGAGUGCCCUCGUCGAGGACCUCCUUCGAUGAAAGGCCAGGGCAAGGGUGCCUACGGUGCGAUCUAUGAGGACUACUACACGGCCAAGGGCAAAGGCAAGGGCAAGAGCAAGGGGAAGUCCAAGGGUUUCCACCGCAACAUGAUGUUGGAGGCUCAAGCUCAGUGGAUGAAGGGCAAGAACAAGGGAAAAGGCAACAACCCGGCCAGGACGGUGAACAUCUACGCGGCGGACGCCAACUACCUGGGCGGCUUGGAGAUUCGUGACUCCCUUGAUCUUGCAUCGGCCAGUACCUCUACUGUACCCGACUCCCAGGCUCACGUGGGCAUGUUGGACAGCGGUGCAACGGCUUCGGCGGCACCGGAGAUCGUCAUCAAGGGCCUCAUUUCUUCGAUUCUCACCCAAGACAAGGACGCUUCAGUGAACUUUGAUACGUCAGCGCGCCCGUAUUUCCGGUUUGGGAAUGGGAGAUGGGGCCGAGCCUUGAGUCGUGUGAGCCUUACCAGUCGAGCCUCGGGAACACCUGUAACCUUCUCGCUCUACAUGUUGCCCAAUCCUCCAAAUGCAGUGAUCGACAGCUCUUCCAUACCUCCCUUGUUGGUUGGAAUGGACUUUAUCCAGGAUGUUGGUCUGUUGGUAGAUUUUCGAUCCGGACUAGCGAUGAACACGCUUGACCCGGAACCCAGCAUCUACGAACUACCCCGCAAUCGCAAAGGUCACUUGAUGGUAGAUGUUCGUUAUCACCUAACCAAGGGGAAGAUUUGUGAUCAAGGUCAUGCCCGCAUCACUGUGUGCCAGAACCCUUCUGAUGUAUGUGACCAUGACAAUCAGUGGCUUGAGCUAAGCGUGGUGUGGUUUGACAUGUCAGAGUGUGAUGCUCAAUUUGAUCAUGAAGAGCGCUUGGAGAUUGAGUCUAGGCUGCAAACGCAGAAAAUCCCUCGACAACUUCUUCCUCUCGUUCCCUGCUUGAUGGCGGCGUACACCCCUCAGCAGCUGACGGCGGCCUCCGAGAAGAUCGUGGUGGCGAACAUCAAGGCCGCCAGGCGAUCACAGGACUUCUCCGUGGAGACGUGCGAGAAAGUUCUUUUGUCCCUUCGUUGUGAUCCAGGCAAGAAAGGGUACCACCAUGGACGAGGCACACAACCAGGUGUCAACUGCAUCCUCCUUGGUGGAUACUCCUUCGGCAAGUUUCAUGGGGUGUGCAAGCGCACGGUUGCCUAUCCCGAGACCACGCAGUAUCUCAACGACUUCAUGGCACAACAAGCUCCUGGAGAGACAUGGUCCAGUAUACAAGUAUCCUAUGACACAUCUGCACUACCACAUCGUGAUGUUCACAACUUGAAGCUCUCCAACAACAUUGUCUACGGCCUUGGUGACUACAAAGGAGAGAGUACUAUGAUCUUGCUGAUCAAGCUCCUGGUGAAGAAGAAGUUGAACUACCACUGCUACCCGAUCAGCCGGACAACACAACCACUGUUGUACCUCGGAGAAGAUUGGUUCGGAAAACGACUUUCCGACCUGGUGAGUACACGGCCGAUCCUGUACAAGAUCGAUUACAACAUGAAGAUGUGA